AUGGAAAACCGCGGUACCGUGCUUAUCGUAGGUGCCAAUCGCGGAGUGGGGUUUGAACUUGGAAGCAAGCUUCUCCAAAGCGGAUAUCUCGUCUACGGGACCCAUCGCCCAGAGACGAAGGGCGACCCUUCAGUAUCCCAGAUGAUUCAACAGGGGAUCAAGUCGUUGGAGAUGGAUUUUACUGACGAGGAAUCCAUCAUCGCUGCAUCGAAGCACUUCUCAGAUCAGCCGCUCGACGUUCUUAUCAAUUGCGCUGGGGUGUACUAUCCUUGGGAUGACAAACCCUUCACAGAGUUAACUGCUGAUGACCUCAUUUCACACUUCAAAGUCAACACUGUGGGACCAUUCCUGACGUCGAAGCAUUUUCUUUCAGCACUGGCCCACAGUAAGGCAGGAAAGAUCAUCAAUAUAUCCUCCGAUCUUGCUAGCAUCGCCGAUAACACGGGAGGCAAUGCUUGCUACCGCAUCUCGAAGUGCGCGCUCAAUCAGUUGACGAAGAACGCGGCCAUGGAUCUGGAGAAGAUUGCUCCAAAUGUGAAGAUAAUUGCAGUGCAUCCAGGCUACGUACCGACGAAGAUGACGGGGUACGUGGGUGAAGAUGACAUGGUAAAAUGUAUUCAGGGUUUGGGAGAGAUUGUAGAGAGGUUUGGAACGCCCGGGGAGGAGAAGCUGCCCAACGGCGGAUAUGUGAGGUGGAGUGGGGAAAUUAUGCGAUACUGA